AUGCUAGACAUUUCUUUUUCAGCCUUCUGUGGUUGAAUGAGUUUACAGUACACAAUUCAUGUCCAGUUCUUAAUAGUUAAAUGCUAAAGACAAAUGAGAUCCACUAGAAAGAUGAUGUCUCACUCUUUUAGAUUUGAUGGAAUUAAACAAACAUAUUACAUUGGUGUUACAGAGUGGAAGUCCUUCUCAUUAAACAUCUUUGACAAGUAGCCUACUCUGCUCUGUUUUGCUUUCAGGUUGAUCAUGUGGCAGUUCUUCUAAGACAGCAGUUUCUACAACACAGCAUCCCGCUAUAUGAGCAACUGAAAGCAAGUGCUGAAAUUUAAAUAUUAACUGGGCAGCAGUGAGCUGGCGAGUACUACGGAACAACCAGCCCUGUGAGUUAUAUGAAUUGGAUCUGCAAGUUCUGCACAUUUUCUUCAGCCAACCAACGAAGCAUUCUAAGGCACACACUGCAAGGGCAUGCAGACCGUCGUCUACUGUACCCAGCAUGUUGCUUCAUGUCAUUCUUGCGGAUGAUGACAUCCGUAGGGUCCAGAUUGAAACUCUUCCAGAGACAGUGGAUGAAUUGAAGACUGCACUCAAGAGCAAGCUAAAUCUAGAGGGUGAUAUUGUUAUCCAGUUUCAAGAUCCAGAGUUCAACAAUGAGCUCUGCAACUUGGCUGACAUGUCUGAGCUACCUACAGAGAGACCAAGGUUGAAGGUGUUACUAAAGGCACCACCCCUUACACCCCCCUAUGUAGCCUCACUGGACACUUCAUCAGACACAGCCAGCAUGUCCUCAGCAUGUUCUCUAACAAGCCCUCGUGCCAAGCAAUGGCCCGACUAUUUCAUCAUACCUACUUUCACUUAUGAUGUUGAACUUAAGCUCAGGAAAGGAAAUGAGGCUUAUAAAAAAGAUGGUUCUCUACUUACUGUGACAGCUGCUAUGAAAAGAGACAUACUGGACAGAGUAGGCAGUGCUAUGUAUGAGUACAAUGCAUAUCCAACAUCAAAACAAAUUGAAGAUGUUGCUAAAGCCCUAGUUGAAAAGCAUCCCUGUUUAAGAGAGCCGGGUUCUUCCCAUGGAUGGUACUGCUGGAAGUUCAGCCUCACUUUUAAGAUGGGUAACCUCCGUCAGAAAUACCGCAUUGCUGGUUGCCCAGAGCUUGCAAUCAACCAAAAGAGGUCAAGCACAUCAACUGGGAACAGGAAACUAAAGAAAGCCAGACGUUCUGAGAUCAACUUCUUGCCAGAUAUUCCAGAAGGGAAGUCUCCAGAUGGCCUUGAAAUUGAGAGAAUAGCUCUGAUAGAAGAGAUGAAGAAAAAGAAGAGAGACGGCAAAAUGAUGGAUGCCCUGAUGGACAGCACCUUUGCGUUGCGAAGGAAGGAGAUUGUUGAUGGUGAGCCUCCUGUCUCCGAAAUUGAAGAUAGGUGGCCAGCACUGUUCUCAGAAAGACAGAUCAGUGCAGAGUUCCGGCGCCUGGUUUCAACUGAACUCCAUCGGUCUUUCUUUGAUGGACUGGACAAAUAUGUCUCGAGACUGCUGGAAAUGUACAAAGUGCGAAGUAGCAGCAGUGCAGACCUGCGUGCUCUGCUUCAGCCCCUCGACAUAGAAACUUCUAACCAGAAGAGAAGAGCAGCUGCUUUGCUUGGACUUCCAUAUUACUUGAAGGAGGAUCCAAAAGGUUUCAUCUGCGUCUGUGAGGUGUGUGAAUUGAUUUUUUGGCAUGGGAAACUAAUUAUGGUGAAAAACAACUAAAAACACUGAUAUUUACGCAUGUUAAAGACAGACAUUUAGAUUUUAGGCUUACAGAAUGUGCCAGAAAUUAUCACCUGAAAAACUGUAUACCUUCAGAGCCUUUAAGCAGCUAUGAAAAUCUUUUAUGCACUUUACUUCAC